GGUAGUUUAGCUGUACAGAGGGGAGAUCCGACCUUGGGGUGCGUAGUUUGCGGACGGUGUGAGGACUCUGAGCACCGCGCAGUGCGGAGAUGUGGCAGCCGGCCAGCGAGAGACUGCAGCACUUCCAGACCAUGAUAAAAUCAAAGCUGAACGUAUUGACCCUACGGAAAGAACCUCUCCCAGCUGUCAUAUUCCACGAGCCAGAAGCCAUUGAACUUUGCUCCACGACUCCACUCAUGAAGCCACGGCCACAGGCAGGAUGCAAGGUGACCUAUCUGGGAAAAGUAUCUGCAACUGGAGUCCAGUUUUCAUCAGGAUGCACAGAGCAGCCAGUGAUUGAGUUGUGGAAAAAGCACACUUUGCCCAGAGAAGAUGUGUUCCCCUCCAACGCCAUCCUUGAAAUCCGUCCUUUCCAGGUGCGACUUCAUCACCAAGAUACCAAGGGUGAAGCUACUGUUCAUAUGGAUACAUUCCAGGUGGCCAGAAUCGCUUACUGCACGGCAGAUCACAACGUCAGCCCCAACAUCUUUGCCUGGGUUUACCGAGAAAUCAAUGAUGAUCUGACCUACCAAAUGGAUUGCCACGCAGUGGAGUGUGAGAGCAAGUUAGAGGCCAAAAAGCUGGCACACGCCAUGAUGGUGGCUUUCGAAAAAACCUUCCACAGUAUGAAGAGUGAUGGGCGAAUCCACAAGGACAGCUCCUCAGAAGAGACGUCUCAGGAAUUCGAAUCGGAUGAUGGCUGAACGGAUUUGGUCCUGUUCCUGGAUUUAGGCAUCUACAGUCUGGAGCAGCAGCAGCUGGUAAGAGGUCUGUAUUGGGAAUGGGACCACGAGACAUUAGCUGGACCGCUUUCUGCAGAAAACUGCAGUAUCUACGGAGCUGCA